AUGGCAUCUCCCUCCCCCCAAGACCACUACGCCUACACCCCCGCUGCCACCCUCUCGACCCGCGCCCUCCUCACGAACCCCCCGCCCGGCCCAACCCGCACCGAAUCCUCCAUCAGCAGCGUCUCCGCCGCGCUGACCCCCAACACCCGCACAGAAGCCGAAGCAGCACUCACCUACAACAGCGCCCAGCAGACCGACUCCGCGGCGCCGACCUCUAGCUCUACGUUCCCGACCUCGGGCGCGGGGGACGACAUGGUAGACGGUGUUUCAGAGUCGCCGCGGCCGGGGCUGCCGCUAAGGACGAGCAGUCAUCAUUAUGCUGAUGCGGUUGGGGCGGCUGCGCCGACUGAAGAGGAUGCGGACGUGGGGGCUGGAUACGCGGCUGAGGGUACGGAGAAGUACGUGAGCGGGCGGAGUGGCGUGGGGAGUCAAAGUUGGAGGCCGAGUGGGGUGAGGCAGCAGAGUUAUAGCAAGGAAGAUAUGCGGCGGUUGAUGCAGGAGAGGCUUAUGAAGGAGCACCCCACGGACCCGGGGUAUCAGAGUGGGAAUGAGAAGCCGUAA